AUCGAGCUCUAGGCUGUCGGCGCCUACGUUCAAGGUGCUUCCGGCGGAGCUCAGGACCGUGGAACCUCCGAGCGUGGUCUCCAACCAUGGCCUCUCUGCAAGCUAAGGAUGCGUAUCUGCAGGACUUGGCCAAGAAGAUCUGUGCACAGCCUGGCCCCGAGCGGCAGGGGAACAAGUGGGCUGUCAGAACAAAACGCUUGGAAGCUGCUGGGCCCCCCAAAAAGAAAAGGAAGAAAACACAAAAGAAAUCUCGCGAACAGGAACAGAAAGCUGCAGAGCACAAGACUAAGCCCCCAGGGAAGACGGCUUCCACCUCUUCUAGGGCUAAGAAACCAGUGGUAUCCAAAGAGAAGAACUCCGGCUCCCUGGAGUCUCCUAAAGAUGGCCAAGCCACAGCACCUGACUCUGUCUUUGCACUGGACUUCCUGCGACAGCGGCUGCAUGAGAAGAUGCAGUUGGCCCGGGGUCAGGGUAGCACCAAGGAGCUGUCAGCUGCCACUCUAGAGAAAAGACAGCGUAGGAAACAGGAGAGGGAACGGAAGAAGAGGAAGCGCAAGGAGCUUCGAGCAAAGGAGAAGGCUGCAAAGGCUGAGAACAAGGAGGAGACAGCCGAGGCAUCCCCAGAUGUGGCCUGCAAGGAGCCGCAGGAGUCGGGGCUUAUCUUUAAUAAGGUGGAAGUGACUGAAGAGGAGCCAGCCAGCAAGCCCCAGCGGAAGAAGGAGAAGCGGCAGAAGGUGAAAGGGAACCUGACACCACUGACGGGCAGGAACUACAGGCAGCUGCUGGAGCGUCUGCAGGCGCGGCAGGGCCGGCUGGAGGAGCUGCGAGACCAGGAUGCAGGCAAGGCCCAAGAACUGGAGGCCAAAAUGAAGUGGACCAACUUGCUGUACAAGGCCGAGGGUGUGAAGAUCCGGGACAAUGAGCAACUGCUGCGGGAAGCCUUGAAGCGCAAGGAGAAGCGCAAGGCACAGAGGCAGCGCCGGUGGGAGAAGCGCUCAGAGCACGUGGUAGAGAAGAUGCAGCAGCGCCAGGACAAGCGGCGCCAGAACCUGCGCAAGAAGAAGGCCGCGAAGGCUGAGCGGAGGCUGCAGAAGGCCCGCAAGAAGGGCCGGAUACUGCCACAGGACCUGGAGCGUGCAGGCCUCUCCUGAGCAGCUUGCACCUGCCACAUUCCUGGCCAGACACUUAGGUGACAGACCGUGGGUCUCCUAUGUGAGACUGAUGCUGUCUUGCACCACACAGCAAUAGUGAGGGCUCCAGUCGUGUGCCAAGAGGAUGUUUUGCCAUUGUCCAUAAGUAGAACAGUGUCCUCCAGUCCCUGGGAGGGUUGAAGAGGAUCUCUGCCCAAGUCUUGUGAGGGUGUGUGUGUGUGUGUGUGUGUGUGUGUGUGUGUGUGU